AUGAGUCAGGACCACCAUCCUCGCGAUGGCUCCGCUGGCUCUUCCUCCAGUCGCUCCUCACCUACUCCCUCAUCUCCUCAUCCACGGACGCCGCGUUAUAUGACAGUGGGCAAUGGGUCGACUUCAGCCAGCGCGGCAGCAUUAAUGUCGACACUCGACCACGACUCAGGCUAUGGAUCAAGUAUUGCUGGCGACAGCUAUACUAAUGAUGGUAGCAAAGGGUGGCAUCCAGGACUAACAUCAGAUCAACCCACACCAGAAUUUACUUCGAGAAUACCUGACGAGACGAAUCCAGAUGCAGACAAAGAUAGGAGGAUAAUGGCCAGUCAUGUCCACCAGCUAUACUACAACCAAAAUCGCGCUGCGCUCGGUCGCCAGAUUACGAAGACGGUGGAGACCCUUACGGGUCUACAGCAGAUGAACUCGAAAUGGCCUGCGCAAUACCCUUCUGUACGAGAGCCCCAAAAGCCAAAGUCAGAUCCUAGACCCGGCUUCGCACAUACUCAAUCAACCGUCGCUGGUGGAGACAUCCACAAAGGAAAAGACAAUGUCCCUCUACGACCUGGUGCUCCACGCAGGGCUGCCACUUCCCUUGGCGAAGAAUCGACCGCAGAGUCGAGUUCUGCAGCUGAAGCCCGGAAGCCUCAAGAGCCAGAAAGACUUAUCACACCUCAAUCAGCACAGGACUUCUCGGUACUGAAGUUGAACAUGAAUGUCCAAGGAUUCACGCAGGCGGAGAUUGCACAUUCCAUGAAGAAAGAGUCAAUAGCAUCUUUAUUGGAUGGGAGAAUAAAUCAGAGUAUAAGGCAUUUGUUACGGCUGCGGGAUCGGAUCGAGGAUACCUCCAGCAAAGUCCUAGUCACAGGUGACUUGAAUGCCGGUAAAUCGACAUUCUGUAACGCGCUGCUGAGAAGGAAGAUCCUACCGGAAGAUCAGCAACCGUGUACGAGCAUUUUCUGCGAGGUCUUGGACGCGAAGGAGAAUGGCAAUCUAGAGGAGGCGCAUGCAGUGCACAAGGACGCCACGUACAAUCGGAAUGACGAAAGCACCUAUGAUGUGUACCCUCUGCAAGACCUAGAGAAAAUCGUCACAGACAAUCAAACGUAUACACAAUGUAAGGUUUACGUUAAGGACAUCCGGACGAUUGACGAAUCGUUACUCAACAACGGUGUUGUGGACAUUUCGAUAAUAGACGCACCUGGUCUUAAUUCAGAUUCUCUGAAAACGACUGCGGUUUUCGCGAGACAAGAAGAAAUUGACGUGGUCGUAUUUGUCGUCUCCGCCGCCAACCAUUUCACUCUCUCUGCCAAGGAGUUCAUCUGGAACGCCGCACACGAGAAGGCGUAUAUCUUCAUUGUGGUCAAUGGAUUCGACAAUAUCAGGGACAAAGACAGAUGUGAGCGCAUGGUCCUGGAGCAAGUUGCAAACUUGAGUCCAAGGACGUUCAAAGAGUCUUCCGAAUUGGUACACUUUGUCUCAAGUAACGCAAUUCCAGUCGCGCCUGCAAUUGGUCCAGGUCCUCCCGGUGGUGACGGCGGCGGAGGUGGCAGCGGUAGCAGUUCUGGCCCUUCGAACGAUUUCCCAUCCCCGGCUGACGAUGACGAGAUGCUGGGUAAGCAUGGCGAGCCUGGAUCGCCUCCGAGGAAGGACAAAGGAAAGGAAAAGGAGAAGCUGCAGGAUUUUGAGAAGUUGGAAGGCUCACUCCGACGAUUUGUGCUCGAAAAGCGUGCUAAGUCGAAGCUCGCCCCUGCCAAAACCUAUCUCCUCAAUGUUCUCACCGAUCUCAAUUUGCUAGCCACCGUUAAUCGCGAUGUUGCCCAAUCAGAGCUCGACCGCGUGUGGCAAGAACUUCAAGAGAUCGAGCCAGCCUUCGAGAAAUCGAAGAAAGCUCGCGCAGAAGUCAGCGAUGAUGUCGACAAGACAAUCGAAGAGACAUGCUCAGACAUCUACAACAACACCCGCACCAUCAUCAACAACGCCAUUUCCCAGGUUGCCGCCACUGAUCUCGGUGUCCCAUACCCUGGCCUUAUGAGCGCCUUUCAAUACGCCGAAGAUGUUAAACAGGCUAUGCUCGACCAGAUUUCCCAAGCGGUCUCAAUUUGCGAAGAAAAGGCCAAGCAUCAGACAAUUGGCAGCGUCAACACCAUCAAAUCUCUAGGCGUACUACAUCUUGGUGACGAGUACAAUGACUUGAAUUUCAACUCGGAUCGGAUGUUCACAAAGAGACGAGACCUACUAGCCAGACAAGUCGAUUUCGAAAUCGAGUUUGCAGAUUUCUUCGACAUUAGCAGUCUCUGGGAACAAAAUGAAAAAGUCGCAGGUACAGGCAUGGCUUUGACGGUAGCAAGCGUGCUGGGUGGACGCAUGAUGGGCGGGUUUGGCUGGGUAGACGGAGCUGUCGGCGCCGCUAGGGUUAUGGGAACGCAGAAUAUGCGGAGACUCAUCGUUCCGGGUCUCAUUGCAGCAGUGGUUCUAGCAACGACCUACACCCUCCGCACCAUUCCCACCACACUCCCUCCUCGCCUCUCCCGCCGCAUCUCCUCCACCCUGUCCGCUUUGGACUAUACCCACACCAACGCCUCCCGCGUCUCCACCGAAACCCGCAAAAUCCUCCGUUACCCUGCCGAAAACUUGCACGCUGGGCUUCAGCAAAGUGUUAGAGCGCUGGGGGAGAAAAGGGAGGAGAGGGUCAAGGUUAAAAAAGAGUCGGAAGUUGCGAGGAAGUAUUUCGGGAAUUUGGUUAGGGAGACGGGGGAGGGUCGGGGGAGGGUCGAGGAUGUGGAUCUGGAAGGCGCGCAGGUCCCGGGGUUGGCGGGGGGGUAUGAGGAAGGUAUGAUGGUGUGA